GUAGACACGAGUAAAUACCAUGACGCACCGUUUCAAGCUUACUCCCUCACGCAACCCGCACACUCCUCGACUUGUCUUCCCUCUCUAUAUAGAAACUCAAAACAAGCAAGCAGUUUGUAUCUACAAUACAAAUCGACUCGAUUUCUCUGCAGCCGAAACAAAGAGCUGCUGCUAAAUUGAGAUGCUUGUGGUUGCUUCGUGAAUAUCAGAGCUUUUCAUCAAUGGCUUUAUGUGGAAUUGCCAUUAGUCCAAGCUUGGAAAUUUCUGAGAGAUGGGGUCGUGCUGGAAAUCCAUCCAUAGGACUUGUUAGGUCUAGUUGCCGACAACUGAAUUUAGUUCGAAGACGAAGUUGUAGAUUACAAUGUUCGUCUUCAAGAAAUGUGAUUCCUUUGACGGAUGAAGAGGAGGAUCCAGGGACAUCUUUAUCACUGUCAGUGGAGCAAGAAUCAGGGCAUGUUUUGAGGUUCAAGAUGUCUGAUUUUAAGAUUCUCAAUCGUGUCAGUUCUGGCCUAGGUGGGAGGGGGGAUGAGAUUGUUUUCGAGGCUAUGGUGGAGAAUUUCAACAGCCCUCUGUAUAACACAAUAGUCGUGCUUCGUCAACUUACUUCAGCGCAAGCACAACGUAGAGGGAAGAGAGCGAUAGAGGUAUUGAAGAAACUAGCUCAUCGCAGACUUAUGUAUCAUUCAUAUUCAAUGCAAGUUCAUGGUUACGUCUCGUCAUCCGCAGGUAGUGACUGUGGCUCAUUUACCCUCGUUCAUGGGUAUCAUGGUAGUUUUUCAUUAAGACACUGGCUUCAGCAAUCUGAUUGGCUUCCUACCCUGGAAGCUACUCUUGCAUUGGACGAGGAAUCUGUGAAGAGGGUGGGAGAUGACACUGUUGGUGGACCUGCUGUUACCCGACAAUUGCGAAUAAUUCGUAUAUUGAUGAGGGAUCUUUUGAUAGGAGUUAAUUACUUGCACAGCCAUGGACUUGCGCAUACAGAGUUGAGGCUGGAGAAUGUUCAUAUAAGUCCUGUGGAUAGACAUAUUAAAGUAGGAAUACUUGGAAAUGCCGCUGACUUUUACGAGGUCAGUCCAAAUAGUGGAACACUAGACAAUGUCAAGGACAGACGUCAACUUAUGAUUGCAUUUGACAUGAGGUGUGUUGGAUUUAUGAUGGCAAAAAUGGUGUUGCAAGAACUCAUGGAUCCAUUAAUCUUCACAAAGUUCAAAUCGUUCCUCGUGAAGGGAAAUGAUCCGUCAUGCCUGCGUGAAUUCAUACUGCCAAUUCUCAGUCGGGAUUCCCCAUCUGGAAAUGCAGGACUGCAAAUACUUGAUCGGAACUGGGGUGCAGGUUGGAACCUUCUUUCGUUGUUGCUCGCAAGCAAACCAUCUAAAAGAAUCAGUUGUUUGGACGCCCUUAGACACCCAUUUCUAUGCGGACCAAGAUGGCGGGUUGUCCCAUCCAUGGAUAUUAUACGAUGGGGUCUUGGUUCUACUGCUGUGCGGAUUACAGAAGAAUACAUUUAUCGCCGCCCUCAGCGUGCUAGGCUUGCCCAUUUCAUUGAAUUAAUGGAAAUGCUGAACCCUAACUCAAAGCCAAAGAAUUGGUUGGAGUUGCUACCAGGAAAAUGGCGUCUGUUAUAUUGCACUGGGAGGCACAUAGGAUUGACUCUUCGUCAGCCAUCUGCCCGUGUCCUCAUUGAUGAUGUGCAUCUAACUAUAUCAAGAACAUCAGAUUCUAAUGCCAGCUUUUCAUUCACUUCUGACAUAGGCUACAGAGUCAUGAUUGGUAAAGAUUGGCCUCAUGACAAGACCGGAAUAGCUGGGAACUUGCAUGUAAUCUCUACAUUCAGGUUAACAGCGGGGAGAAGAUUGUAUCUUAAAGAAGAAAAGACUACGGGUAGGUUUUCGUUGGAUCAUACAAACACAUGGGAUUUUUUGACUCAGAAGUUGUCUGGAAGGAAAUGGAGGAAAGUAAUUCCCUUUGAGGAGGUGCCUUCGAGCCUCCCAGUGGCCAGGUUGGUGUCAAGUGACAUUGAGGUGACAAUGAUCCUCCAUGAAACACUGAAUCAAACUGUUGUCAACGCACAAAAUGUAGUCCAAGAGGUUAGGACACAACUCCCACCUGAAAUGUUUGAUUUGUCAAAGCUUGUUUGUGGAACAUAUGUGGACUCGAGGCUACUAGUACUUCGUGGGGUAAACGGGUCGGCUCUCUUGUUCUAUAGGUCAUCCACUGAUGGGUACUAGUAGGACUGACUUUUGCUGUAUAGUGUUCAAGAGUCCUCUUAAAAAAAGAAGUUAAUUUUCCAAGCCAACGUACUUGCAUUAUGUAGGAUAAAUUGUCAUGACAAAGAAGCAUGUAAAGACAGAAGUGAACAAACGUAUAACAAAUUUGGUUGCUGCGA